AAUUAUGGAGAGCUCAAAAUAACGGAGAAGGAUUCCGGUGUAUGAAUAACCUAUUCGGUACCCCAAUGGUGCGUCCAAACAGUUCCAAGUUUCCCCUCAAGAACGGCAACACCACUGAUUUUAUACAAGUAUCACCUGUGUUUCUUUGUCUCACUUGAACUUAGCGGGAUUUGGGAACAACAGUCUCCUCGAAACGCCACGCCCUAUCUCGCUGUGGGCGUUAGUGUCCCCAAACAAACAAACCCUAAUAUCGUUUCUUCUUAUCACUCACCGCAGUAGCACAACCAAGGGUUAGGGCUACCACCGAACGACCCGCAAACCUGGUACCAUCGCUCUCUCUCUCUCUUAACUUUUUGUUAGUGGGCAUUUGUUGCAGAUAUUGGGUUUCAGCAGUGAUCAGAGUAGGCUUUUGCAUAGUUGCCAUGGAUGAGUCGGAUGUUGAAGAAGAGAUGGAACUGGCGGCUGCAACUGUUGCCUAUUACUGGUAUACUCACAUGUCAAAAGAACCAUUUUAUAAUUCAUCUCUUAGUGGUACUAAGUACGUAAAGGAAGUACUCAAUGGCAAAGAAACAUAUUGUCGCAAGAUUUUGCGAAUGGAUAAGUGCGUGUUCUAUAAGCUUCGUGAUAUGCUUCUAUCCAAAGGCUUGCUGCGUAACACAUCUAAACUUACUAUUGAAGAGCGGCUUGCAAUAUUCUUGAUUACUAUUGGCCAUAACCAGCGUAAUCGUAUAGUUCAGGGACGAUUUCAACAUUCUGGUGAAACCAUUAGUCGACAUUUUAAUGACAUGUUGCAUGCAAUUUUGAAACUAUCGUCGGAUCUCAUUCAACUUCCCAAUACUAGUACCCCUGAAGAAAUCCACAAGAAUUCUAAGUACUUCCCUUAUUUCAAGGAUUGUAUUGGAGUGGUAGAUGGGACACAUAUCCCUGCUAUGCUUGGCGUCGAAGAUCAACCACGUUUUCGUAAUCGGAAUGGACUUUUUACACAAAAUGUUAUGGCAGCGUGUUCAUUUGAUUUACGAUUUGCAUUUGUUCUCGCGGGUUGGGAAGGCUCGGCUGAAGAUUCACAUGUAUUGAGAUCAGCAUUGACAAAUGGAUUUCAAGUCCCUGAAGGUAAAUACUACCUCGUCAAUGAGGCACAUUCAAAUGUUUCGGGAUUCAUGGCUCCGUAUCAAGGUGUCCGUUACCACUUGAAUGAAUUUAUGGGUGAUCAGCUACCACAAAAUGAGAUGGAGCUAUUUAACUAUCGACAUUUGUUGUUAAGAAAUGCAAUUAAGUGCACUUUCGCUGUAUUGAGAGCACGCUUCCCUAUAUUAAAGUCGCCACCUCCUUACCCAUACAAAACACAAGUCAAGUUGGUCCAAGCAGCGUGCAUUUUACAUAAUCUUGUCCACCAGGAGAAUAGAAAUGAUUGGCUUUUCACAAGAUAUGAAAGCGAAACUGAACCUGAAGAAGAAAAGCUGGAGGAUCAGCCUGAAAUACAGGUAUUAGAAGAUGCUUCCCUAUCAAGUCAAGAUCAAGUUGCUUUUGCAUUGCGGGAUUCAAUUGCGAGUCAUAUGUGGAAUGAUUACACAUAUGGUGUGAAAGCAUAACAUGAACUCCGGCAUCUAGUUUUAGAACUCCGGCAUCUAGUUCUACCGUUGUUUGCUUUGUCAUGAUGAUGUUGAGAAGACAUUGAUAAUGUGGUAGUUUUCACUCAGUUGAUUACUUUAUAGAUUUUUGUUCAUUUUCUCUCAGUAGCAUUUUGACCUCUCAUCUUGUGAGA